UUACAAGAACCCUUCGGUCGGUUGAUUCUCUUUGUUUUUACAACUAUCGUCAUACAUUUUAUUCUUCUUUACUUCCCAUUAAUUCCUUAAUUAUACCUUUCGCGACGCCAAGGAACAGAGAAUCGACCAACCAACCAAUCACACUAUCCCGAAUUUGCCCGCAAUGGCAGCUCUUCGCUCUACCUCGACUCGGCUGCUGGCCGCAGCUGCGUCGCCACGCUCUGCGACGCUUCCUACGAUGUUCGUACGAUCAAUGGCUUCUGUAGGUGGUGCUACGGUCGAAGCAAACCCGAAAGGCAGUACCGAUUCGCGCAUGAAGUCCUUCCAGAUCUACCGGUGGAAUCCUGACACCCCGACCGAGAAACCGAGGAUGCAGACGUACACAUUGGACCUGAACAAGACAGGACCCAUGGUACUGGAUGCUUUGGUCAGGAUCAAGAACGAGUUAGACCCCACGUUGACCUUCCGUAGGAGUUGCAGAGAAGGUAUCUGCGGUAGUUGCGCCAUGAACAUCAACGGAACGAAUACAUUAGCAUGCUUGUGCCGUAUUCCCACAGAUACAAGCGCCGAGAUGAAGAUCUAUCCACUACCCCACACAUACGUCGUCAAGGAUCUGGUCCCUGAUCUGACGCACUUCUACAAGCAAUAUAAGUCGAUCAAGCCAUAUCUACAAAGGGAUACACCCGCACCAGACGGCAAGGAAUACCGACAGAGCAAAGCGGAACGACGAAAGCUAGACGGUCUAUACGAGUGCAUUCUCUGCGCAUGCUGCUCAACAUCGUGUCCGUCAUACUGGUGGAACUCCGAGGAAUACCUAGGCCCCGCUAUCCUAUUACAAUCAUACCGUUGGUUAGCCGACUCCCGCGACGAGCGUAAGGCGGAGCGCAAGGCCGCGCUCGACAACUCGAUGAGCUUGUACCGAUGCCACACUAUCCUCAACUGCACAAGAACCUGCCCCAAGGGUCUAAAUCCCGGUCUAGCGAUCGCCGAGAUCAAGAAGGAAAUGUCGUUUUAAAACAAUAGCCGGAAUUAUGAAACAUAGACGAGCUAUGAGAGGGUCUUAGAAGCCACGAGAAGGGAGUUUAAGAAGAGACAGUGGAAGAAGACAGAAGACAAUUGUACAAAGUUUCGAUUACGAGAUAUGUAUGUUACGGGAUCCUUCUCUCGUUCAUCACCGGCUGGUUGUAUACGCCAGUCGUGCUCCUUUGUCUUGUGCGAGCAU